GAAGCAAAAACAAUUCCGCCUGUAGGUCGUGAUAGUCGUGAUACACGAUCUAACGGAAAAAAUAAUACAACUAUAUCAAAUGUGCGGCAAAACGUAAAUCAUGUCGCGCCUGAACUCCUUUUUCCUCGUACAAAUACAAAACCUUCUUUAUUUUACAAAACUGUCGCACAGGAGGACGCAGAAGCAAGAAUACAGAUUAUGGAAAGAAGAAGGGGAAAGAGUAGGACAUAG